AUUCACAAAACCAGACUGGUUCCUUUAGUGAUUUUUUGGAGAAUGCUUUGGAACACUGAAGAAACACAACACUUAAACCCGAAUCAGCAAUGAUCAGUUGUAAACAGUAAUGUACCUUUUUAUAUUUGCCUUUAACACAUCUCUCCUGUCUUUCUUGUCUGUUUCUUUUUUUUUCUCCCCCCCCAACUUCUCCACAGGAAAGGAGUAUGAUCUGCUGGUCAUUGGUGGUGGAUCUGGAGGCCUUGCUUGUGCAAAAGAAGCUGCUCAGUUUGGGAAGAAAGUGGCUGUUUUGGAUUACGUCGAACCUUCUCCACGAGGAACCAAAUGGGGACUUGGUGGAACUUGUGUAAAUGUUGGCUGCAUUCCUAAAAAGCUUAUGCACCAGGCAGCUCUUUUAGGGGGAGCUCUUAAAGAUGCCCAGCACUAUGGCUGGAGUAUGGCCCACCCAGUUCAUCACAGCUGGUCUGUGAUGGCUCAAGCUGUUCAGAAUUAUGUGAAAUCCUUGAACUGGGGACACAGAGUGCAGCUACAAGACAAGAAGGUGAAAUAUUUCAACAUGAAAGGAAGUUUUUUGGAUUCCCAUACAGUCUGUGGUUUAGCAAAAGGAGGGAAAAAGACUACUCUUACUGCUGAAAAAAUUGUCAUUGCUACUGGAGGAAGACCAAAAUAUCCCACACAUAUUACGGGCGCACUGGAGUAUGGAAUCACAAGUGAUGAUCUGUUCUGGUUAAAAGACUCUCCUGGAAAAACGUUGGUUGUUGGAGCCAGUUAUGUUUCGCUUGAAUGUGCUGGUUUUCUAACUGGUGUUGGAUUGGACACUGCAGUCAUGAUGAGAAGUAUCCCACUUCGUGGAUUUGAUCAGCAAAUGGCAUCUUUAGUAACGGAGCACAUGGAAUCUUAUGGCACAAAAUUUUUAAAGAAAUGUGUCCCAAUGAAAGUUGAAAAAUUGGAAAGCGGCAGGUUACAAGUCACCUGGAAAAAUACUGACUUGGGCACAGAAGAAAUGGAUUCCUUUGACACAGUGAUGUGGGCAGUAGGCCGGGUCCCUGACAGUGAAACUCUCAAUUUGGAGAUUGUAGGAGUGAAAACUAAUUCUGAAACUGGAAAGAUCAUUGUUGAUGCCAGUGAAGCUACUUCUGUUCCUCACAUUUAUGCAAUCGGAGACAUAACAGAGUGUUUGUAUCACUUCAGAUGUACGACUUCAUGCUCCCUGUGAAUGCUGAGUGAAAGUAUUUCUUACCUUCUGGAGCUGAAUACGCUUUCGGGUAACGACCACAACAGUUCUGUUGAGGUUUAUCCUAUGCAAGCAUUUCUGCAUUCUGACAUAAAAUGCUGCUGACAAAAAUAUAUACUUCUGAAACAAGGAAAGAAAAAAUAAACAGCAUUUCUCCAAAUACUGAAGGCAUUUGACUUCUUUUAAAUGAUUCACAUGAUUUGUGAAUGUUUUGGCCAAGUAAAUAUGAGUAUUUUUGUUACUUUUUUUUUUUUUUAGAAAAAGGAGACAUUAACUUCAGCAAAACAAUUUCUUGCUAUAGGUACAAAACCAGAAUUUUGUGGCUUUAAUCUAGUGGUGCUGUUAAUCUACAGUUAACUGUGAUGAGAAUGUCCUUCCUAAUCAAGGUGCACUCAAAUGCUUUUAAUCCCUCUGUUUUUAUUUCACAGAAGAACUCAGAAUAUCUCCUCUAAUCUGGGCAUCUUCAAAUAUGUUAUCUUCAUAAAACAUAACAUAUGGGUUCAUUCUGAACUGUACAUUUACAGGAGGAUGUUUUUAUCGGCUGCUUGCCAUUCCUGAAGAACUUAAGCAGUAGUGUAGGAUAUAAAAACUGGGCAUUGCAAGAUACAGAAUUUUCUUCCUUGUCACUGAACUUAAUGGAAACUAGCACAUCCCUUUCUAUCAAGGUUGUUUUUGAUAGAUGAAGACUCUUCAUCUUUGUGAAUGUCUGAAAUCUAAAUACCAUAGUGAUUUAAAUACCAUAGUGAUAUCCAAACACCAUAUAUAGUAGAAUUUGAGACCGUCUACAGUCAGAGACACUGAAAUAAAUCUGUUGAUCAUUCCUGACCUCUUUUUCUGUAUGCGGGCAUGUGUUUCUUCCCAUCUAUCUCCAUCUUCAUGCAAAUGACUCAUAAUUUCCUUUUAAAUUGUGUGAAAACUCUAUCCUGCUCAACUAUUUCUCUCUUUUUUUUUUCCCCCAUUACUCUCCACAACUUCAAUCACUUGGAGACUUGGAAUUAUGGACAGCUCUUUUUUUCUCUUCAAACAGAGGUUCCCCUCUAUCCUGGUUACUUCACGCUCUGGGACAUUUUCUGAAGUCUUAUUUCUACUCACAGUGACUACCAAUCUCUUCGUGUCCUUGAUGCAUGUCUUGUUUAGGCCUCCUGCUUUCUAAACUAUUCUUUUAAUUUUGUCCAAGAAGCAGCUGUUAGAAGCAAUUCUGGCAAGGCCUUAGAUUCUGUUGCUCAUUUUGCAGCUAGCCUGACAUGUUAUUUCAGGCAAGUCAUUUCCUUUUGGGUGCUUUUCGUCUUCUGCCCUAUGAGGAUUUAGUUAAGCAAGAAAUAGAAAUUUGGAGGCAGGAUGCUCUCAUCUUCCCUACUGUGGAUCUAUAAAAUCAGGUCUUCAUUUAUUUGUCAUUUUAAUUUUGUUGUUAAAACUUGGAUUUCCUUUUCCUGUUUUUGUCCAUAUUAGUGCAGAUUUUUGAAUGUGAGUUGUGUAAUAUGCACUUCUGGAUGUAUUAACAACAAUAACACAGUUUUGUGCUGUGUCCAGUGUACAGAUGGGAAAGCACUGGACAAUUAAAUCAGUUUGCUGUAGUGUCUUAAGCUUGUAUCUAAGUAUGGACUAAAUAUAGGAAAUCAAAGAAAUUGCAGCAUAGUACUCAUACAUUUGUAGAGUUUAGAGAUAGGAGUUCUUAUCUGAUGCCAUUACGAUGUGAGCCGUCUCAUUUCACUCAAUGAGCAAUGCACUUCUUUUGUUUGAAUACACAAAUACUCUUUUUGUUUUUUUCCCUCUUUCCUUUCUUUUUUAAGCAAAAUGAAUUUAGAUAAUAAGUGUAAUUGGCAUGGGAAUCAUCAGUGAAGCAAAGCUCCCAGGUUUGGCGCUGGUGCGCAGCUUGGCGGAGCACACUUGGUUCUCUUUAAGAAACACAACGCUGCAGAGCUCGGUGUGUGAUACUAUCUGGGUGAGACUUUUCAAGGGGCAGGAAGGCGAGGCUUCUACCAAGUGAAUGAAUAUCAAUGACCCCUAAUGUUUAUAAAAAUAGGAUUUUGUCUCUGGUGUCCCUGUCAGGAUUUUUUUGUUUUUCUCUCUACCUGUCAGAUUGUCUUUGCUACCAUGAUGUGUUACUGCUUAUACUUUUGUGAGUAGCUGUCGGCCCCUCCACCCUCACCCUUUACCAGGCCACACUGAAUAGACACUAACUUGCUACCACGUACUAAGAUCUGUUUUUUAAAUUCAGCUCACUGAUUGGAAGGGGAGUGAGAUGGAAAACGGGAGCUUCCUGAUAUGGUCAGACUGAGUGUUUUCAUUUGGGAAUCAGACCCAUCUGGCAUAAAUGGGAAACUAAGUGUGCAUGGGUGUCCUGUUGCACCCUUGUAUGAAAAACAGAAUCCUAAUGCAAGCUGUUCAUUUGGAGAAAGGGAGGAAAAGAAAACUCCGGAGGUCAGUCAGUUUGUCUAUCAUUAAAAAAAAGGCUCCAGCAAAAUGAGGUUUUAGCUGACGAGUAAAACUUCCUUUAGGUAUUUUUGUCGUCAGUAAAAUAAAAUCAGGAUGAAAAUUUCCAUGCUGGAAUUUUAAUUUUUUUUUUUUUUUUCAAUGCUGAUAUAAGCCCUGUCUGUUAAUAUCCAUCCUCCAGUGGUAUUCUUGUUGAAAAGCAUGACACACAGUAAAAGAAAUUCUCUUAGUAGGAGAUUUAUCAUAUAUACACUCUGGUAUACAUCUGGUGUAUUUCAAAGGCUGUUAUAACAAAGAUGUGUAGAGAAGAUCUACAGUAUGUUGCUUUGAAUAGAAAUUAGACUGAAAGAAAGAGCCGUGUUAGAACAAAUGCACAGUACUUCAAAGCUUACUAAACUCUCUUAGGAGCCAUCCCGUUUAAAUGUAUAAUGCACUGGAGGAUUCUUAUGAACAGUCUGUAUCCAUAAUAAUCAUCAGGGUAGUUCUACACAUGACUGCAAAGUGAAUGUUCAUUUCAAAUAUUUACCAGGGAAGGUCUUUAAGCUAUUGUUUAUGAGAAAUAGGGCUUUAUCUGCAUGGAUGUUUUAGUAAUUAGUUGGGUUUUAUGGAAUGCAUAGCAGCGCUUUCACAAUUUUAUCUUUAGUUCCAAUCUUCUAUUCUUUUCUGGAAUGCCAAAACAACAUCUGUAUUUCCUGCUACAGAAAUGAUUGGCAGCCAUGUUUCAGGCAAAUGUGUGUAAGAAAAAACAAAUGGCAAAUUUCAUCUGGUAAAUGACAUUUACAGCCUUGAAAGUCAAAAUGCUGGUUUUGAAAAAACACGACUUGAUGGAUCUUAGGGGGGAAAAAGGGAUAUACUUUCAGUUUUGUGAUUUGUCAUGGGCUAUGGGGAAAAAUUGGUUUGUCUUUGUAAAUGAAACAGUAGUAUCUGUUAACAGGUUAGACAAAGUGUUGUUUCAGUUUAUUUUUUGCAAUGGAAGUUUAACGAAGAGGAUAUUAGUAUAGAGAAAAACAUAAAUUCAUAGUAAUAUGCAGAUAACUGAUAUGGUGCAUGUAAUGAGGUAAGUGGUAGCUAACGGUAUGUACAGAACCUGUGUAGCAACAUACAGAAAAGAAGCUAUGAAAGAGGAUGAAUUUCAGCACAUGUUAAAAAAUGUUAGGAUAAUGAAGAGGCAUUUGAAAAACUCCAGUGUGUGUGGUGGGAAAUCCUUAUUUUCUGCUGAAGACUGUUUUCAAGAAGUUGCAGAAUGACUACCACCCCCAAAUGGGGCUUUGCAGGAAUAUGACAAGAGUUGGGUCUAGAUAGAACCUGUGUGAAGCAAAAUCUCAGUUUUUCUAAAGCAUUCCACACUAUCCCACAAAAGUGGGGACAAUUAUGGCUUUCUUGUUUCCACGUCUUUCCCUCUAGACUUCUGACUUCUUUCCUAAUCUCAGACAGGCAUCCUGAUGAUACAGUUUUGGAUGCUCUUAAGUAAGCUUUUUUUACUAGAUUUAUGAAGUUUUUUAGACAUUAUUAACCUUAUCAAUAGCAAAGUUUGCACCUAUUGAUUCUGUGUUCUGUAAAAAUGUGUCAGACAACUGACAAAAAAGUUUGAUGGGUUUGAAAAUAGUAUUUCUUUAUCCUAUUUUUUUCUGCUCUAAAAAUGCCGUUCAGAAAACUUACUGAUAACUUAGUAUGGAAAGAAAGGGUGUAAUGGAUGGUUCAUGAGUGAGUAUCCUCUGCUUUUCAGGGAAUGACGUAAGAUGUAAGGUGUUUUUUUUUUUUUAUACAUUGACUGCAUUUGUUCCCCAUCAAGACAGAUACUAAGCUCAGCGACUUAAAAGUGUGUUUGGACAGAAAUUACUACUGCCUUAUCCAUUUGGAGCGCUAGCUGCUGGACUGGAGUUCCAAAGAUUUGGUGUUUCUUUGCCCAUUGUCCCAGGAGAAGUUGUUGGAUGCCACUUCUCUCUUAGUUAAAACAAAGCUUUGUGCUCUUU